AUGGACGGUGCGGAAGCAAGUGAGGCGAAGCAAAAAUUGUGGUCGGAGGCCACAGAACAGCAGCGUGAGCUUAUGCUCAAGGCAGGUCUCAAGCCACCGGAGCAAACUCCGGCUCCCACCUCUUAUGAAGUUGGAACCGCAGCAAAUGCAGCUUUUCGUAAGGCCACAGUUGCUCUGAAAUUGCUUGGUGACAAGAAGAUUAGCUUGCAGAAGCGUAUCGACCAAGCUAAGGAGCAAUACCACGCAAGACUGACCGAGAUGAAACAGUUGCAGACCAAAAUUGAAGAGGCGCAGCAACAGGUUGCAGAUGCGGGCGAGGAGCUUACCACCAAAGUCCUGGCCCAAGAUGAAUCUCUGAACGGCGAAAUUGCGCAGUUUCUUGAGAAGUUUGGGAUUUCCUUGACUGAAGAGCAGGAAGCAAAGAUUGCCGCAGUGCGUGCCGGCACACAUGGACCCCCUGACAGCCAGGCUUUUGACCUUAAGGCCGCAGCACCCAACACGCAAGAUGUGCCCAAGAAAUCUGAGCCAGCGCAGAACGGACAGCGUGGCACCAGAUCCAGGUCGCCAAGAAAGACGCAGGAGGCUGCCGCUGAGAAGGAGGAUCUGUAG